AGAAGUUUAGCCCAAAAAACGCAAAAACAACUUUCUAGUUUCUAUCCUAAGAAGCCCAAGCCAGAAUCACGUUCUUCUUCUUCGCACACCAACAACACACCUCUCUCUUUCUCUCUCUAGAAAGUUGCCCUACCUUACUUCUCUCUCUCACAUCGCUUUGAAGUUCAGCUAUGGCAGGUAAAUACAUCGUCGGAUCUCUCAUCGGAUCCUUUGUCAUUGCUUAUGCUUGCGAUAACAUAAUGUCUGACCAGAAGAUUUUCGGAGGAACGACGCCAUCAACUGUGUCUAACAAAGAAUGGUUUGAAGAAACGGACAAGAAAUUUCAGGCAUGGCCGCGAACUGCUGGACCUCCAGUGGUGAUGAAUCCUAUUAGUCGUCAAAAUUUCAUCAUUAAAUCUACUGAUUCUUGAAGGUGCUGAUUCAUAAUAUAUGUUGUUUUUGUUUUGUUGAUUGUUAUCAUAAAUUGGAACAUGAAAUGGAAAAAUUGUAUUGAUGUUUGGUCAGUAGAGUGGAACUCUUUCUAUUGGAUCUGAAAUAAUGAUGUUAUGAAAUAUGUUGCUUAGAAAAAUUUAACGAUUUUGUUUUUCUGCU